AUGUUCAACUUGGAAUCUUUACUCUUGAUAAUUGUCCCUCUUAGCUGUUUUCUUUACAUCUCGUUCCCAUGGCGAAAACCACGACUCUCGUUCCCAACUUGGUCCAAUGCUUCCACAACAGGCCACAUAGCGAUCUUGACCGACGAAAAGCCCAAGUCAGCACGCCUAGAAAGGAAGCGGCAGCAACGAAUGCGUCACUUCAAAGAUCUUUACCACAAAGUUCAAAAUCUGGAGCGGUUCCCAGAAAUUCUGCCCCAAGUUCGAGAAACGUUGCUUUCGUUACUCGAACAAGGACUCCGGAUGGCCAAGUACAAGGACCGAUCUCGCAGCAUUCUCAACAUCGUGACCUUUGAUGCCUCCCGUCUCCAAAGUUUCAUCCAAGAUAUCCAGCUCGAUGUGGGUCUGGAAUUCGAAGCCUACAUGCGUCGAAGGGAGAUUGGUGGUGGACCUGAGCUGUUCAAAAGCUUCGAAGAAGCCUGCAUGUUUCUCAAGAACAGCGCACCGUGGAACUACACCGAUGGCGCAUGGCUCGCACGGAUUCAUCAGGUCACAACCCCCUUCGCAUUUCGGGGCGUGACAAAGGAUGCUUGGCAAAUCUUUUCAGAAGAGCUUGGUGAUGGGGAUCUGGAAAAGAACCACAUAUUGCUCUACAAGGAGCUUCUCCAGAGCGUGGGUGUGGACCUGCCCAACGGCGACUCGCUCGAUUUCACACACCCACGCCAUGGCAUGGAGGAUGAGACGAUUUGGAGAUAUGCCAUUGGACAACUCCUCAUUUCCGUCUUUCCAAACGAGUUUUUACCCGAGAUCCUGGGGUUUAAUCUCCACUACGAGCAGCCUGCCAUUGGGGUCUUGAAAGCCAACAAGGAGCUGCCUGAGUUUGGGAUCUCGCCCUAUUACUAUGCUUUGCACAUUUCGAUCGACAACGCGCACUCGGGUCACUGCGCGAUGGCGAUUGGCAACAUUGCACACUUUAUGGAGAUUGUUCAGAACACGGGCAUCAUGGAUCCGCAGACAGCGUGGAGGCGUGUGCAGGCUGGCUAUUGCCUCGGGCAGAGUCUCGAUGACAGGGAUACCGUGGAUGAUUACGAGGACAAGCUGGUUGACAUCAUCUGCAAGAAAGCCACCAUUGCCGCCAAGAUUCAUUGCACGAGUCGCGCCCGGAUCGGAAAGAGAAAAUUGUCAUCUUGGUUUUCUGCUCCUCCUUCGAGCCCCAAGGAUGAUGACGGUUGGAAAGAUGAGUUCCUUGACGCCUUGGCAGACUCCAAGCCAUGGGUAUGCAGAGGUGACAGCAGCAAGAGCCUUUUGAUGCGGGAGCUGGGCUGGAAAGGGAGGAUGUUUGGUGCUUUCACUCACGUCGAGACCGAACUGCUUCGGAACUGGAUUGACUCUCUCAGACCACAUGGCAAGGAUAUGGGCGAGGCUUAUUGGGGGCUUGUUGGUGGCUAUCAGAGCCUGGAAAAGACGUUUGACCCCUCGCGGCAUGAUGCUGCGGUCAGCCAUCCGACUUUUCCCGCCACGAGAACCUGGUCGCUGUGCGAGAUGAACGAUUUUGAGCCAAAGUCACCAAUCCAGAUACACAAGUCGGCAGUUGAAAUAAACGCCCUACUACCACUGUGGUUUGCCCACGCAGGACUCCUGGAAAAUAUCAUCAGCUCCCCUCACCAGACAAUCACACCCCUGGUGUCUAAUUGUUUGCAAAUAUUGCGAGCAGAAAAGGGCUACAAGCCGGUGGGCACAGGUAUUGCCUGCAUGGAUGAGCAACAUUGGCCUGGCUACAGCCCCGACCUGGUGGCCCUGGGUCUCGAAAUGAUGAAGAAUAGGGGUUUGCCACAGCCGACCUGUUUAGGAGACAUAAUUGGCCGUCCAGAAGAUGAGAACCUCAAUGACUCCGGCAGGUUUUCCCAUGACCUUUUAGGGUGGGCUCAGCACCCGAUGAUCAACAGCGUCUUUUUGCUUGGUCUGGCGCGUGCUUUUCUUGACUUGGAGCAAUGGGUGGCUGACAAUGGAGAGUUGCUGGGAAGAAGGGAGAGGCUUUGUCUGUCAGAAAUGAUUCAACGGAAGGCCACUGGCUUUGAGACAUGUUGGGCGGAGCUGAAGAGGGAUGGGCUCCGAUGCUGUGAGUUUGUCACUGGGUAUGAUCUUGGACGGGCAGAAAUCGACCGACUGUUGGUCUUGGGUUGA